AUGCCACAUGCGAACCGAACAUCCGCUAUUCUUGACGGGUCACUCUAUAGCGAGUCAAUUGCUGCGUCCCUGCUCAGUGGCACUCCGAAGGAUGCUUCCAAUGGGCAUGCUCCACGGGGCAUCAGGAGUCAAGGCCGCCUCAUCGUCGUUUUUCGACUGCUUGUGGUAACCGGCGCGCAGUUCCUCUCGCUCGUCGCCGUCGCCAACGCCGCCGUGCCGACAUGCGCCAGCCUCGCAGCUCAGGCUCCAUCGUUGAACCUCCUGCGCAAUGCGGGCUUCGAGGAAACCUCCAGUGCAGCAGACUGGCCCUCGCCCCUAUCGUCAUGGGUGCCGCUCGCCCCCCUCGCAGCAGAGCAGCAAGGACAGGUGGGGGGAGUGGUAACGGGGGAGGGGGGAGGGGGAGGGGAGGUUCCGCCCAGGGACCCGUCCGUUGCUGCUGAGGGCGGUCGGUUCGUUCGCCUGCAGCCCAGCGACGGCAGUGGCGGCACCGGUGGCGAGCUUUGGGGCAGCGGGGCGAGCGAGAGUGAAGGGGCAGUGUGGCCGGUGCAGGGAGUGGGGCAGCUGCUGUGUGUCGCGGAAGGGGGAGAGCAGCAGCAGCAGCAGCAGCAGCAGCAGCAGCAGGAGGAGGCAGAGUUUUCGCUGUAUUUCUAUGCGAGGGCACGCGAGUGCAUGAUGGAUGUGUCUUCUGCCUCUGGAUUGCGGCCGAUGCGAGCCAUGAUCGUCGCCGUGCCCCUGCCACCACUGCCAGCCACUGUUGGCAGCAGCAGCAUGGACGAGGGUGAGCUGGGCAGUGCGUUAGCAGCAGGCAUGCACAGCGGAGAGAUGGUGGUGCUGCAUCAAUGGACCGUCGGCGUUCCCUGCCUCAACAACAACUCCAAAUCUCUCUCGGGCCUCCUCCCUUGGCGCCAGCACGGGCCCUACUCCUUCCACCUCCCACCCUCCUCCGCCUCCGCCGCUGCUCUAUCCUUCCCGCCGCAAGGCGUGGCUCUGCACCUCGUGCUGCUGGAGGGAAAGGGGGCGGACACCGUGGUGUUGCCUGGUCCCGUUUGGGUGCCCGUUCCCGGAGCUCCCUUUGGGUCUGGGGGCUCGUCGCUGCCUGGGGGCUCGUCGCUGCCUGGGGGCUCGUCUGUGACUGGAGAUGCGGCCGCGUCGGGGGCUGUUCCAAUCGCAGCAGCGGUGGAAGGCGGGGUGCUCACGUCAGCGGCAGCAGCAGCAGCAGCAGCAGCAGCAGCAGCAGCAGCAGCAGGGAACAUCGAUGUGGAUCUGGUCACGGUGACUCCCAGAGGCACAGCAGCCUCCUCCCCUCCUUCAUUCUCCUACUCCCCGCUGACCUCCUCCUCUCCCCUCCUCACCUCCGGCUCGGCCCGGCUCACCUCCUCGCUGCACCUCACCCCCCUCUCUCCCCCCCACCAAGCGGGCCUUGCCCUGCACCCCACGCCCUUCCCCCUCGUCUCCCCCGCCUCCCCCACCUCUCCCUGCCGCCCCUACUCCUUCUCCUCCUCCUUCUCCUUCCGCCUCUCCUCUCCCCAAUCCGCUGCUGCUCCCGGGGCAGACGGCUUUUCUUUCGUUCUCCUGCCCGACCCAACCGUCGGGCUGCCCGGGCCAAACAUGGGAUACGGCAGAAGGCCUUACAGUCAGGAAGAGUUGUUUGUGGCUGCAGAACGGGGGGGACUUGUGGGUGGGGGAAUGGGGGAAGAGUGUGUGGUAGUGAAUGGGGCCCUUGAAUGCACCCCGAUUGGCAUCACAUAUAACAGCAGCCUGCCACAUCAGCACAGCCUGGCAGUGGAGUUUGACACGUCAUCAACUCGUCUGUUUGUGGACCCAACCACUCAUCACGUGGGGGUGAACGUGGAUUACAGCAUGACGUCAGCAGGCCAUGCGUCCGUGCACCCUGCGGGCAUCCCCUGGCUGGGCGGCAACGAGACGCUGCAUGCGUGGGUGGCCUACAACGCCACCGCCUCGCUGCUCUCCGUGCGCCUCUCCUCCUCGCCCGCCAUGCCCCCCUCCGCCCUCCUCUCCCUCCCCUUCAACGCCUGCGACCUCUUUCACUCCCCUCCGAAGGAGGACGGCGGGGAGGGGGAGGCCGUGUUGGUGCAUGCAGGGUUUGCAGCCGGCACGGGGCUGCUGCCGCUGCACACUCAGACGCACGACAUCCUCUCCUGGGCCUUCCAGGUCGACACCCAAGCACCGGCUCCUCCUCCCCUCUGGCUGCCGCCGUCGCUCUCCUUGCCCUUCCUCACACAAGGCGCCCGCUUCACUGCCUUGGGUUCUACUCGCCAAACCUUCUCCUCACUGCAACUCACCCCGGGCAACGAUGACGAGGAGGCAGGCGCUGCCUUCUUCCCUCUCCCCCUGCCCCUGCUCUCGCUCCUCCCUGCCCCUCCCCAACGCAAGGGGAAAAAGGGUGGGAAGACUGAUGCAGUGGUGUGCAAGGCUCGGUCCUUCACCUCAUGGUUUCCUUUUGAACUCAAGGGAAGCGGAUUUUUUGGAUACGGGGUAGUUUUCAUGCUAAGUACUCGGCUGGGGGUGGGGCAAGGAGGGGCGGCUAUGGGGUAUGGCCGCGACUUGGCAGACAGGAAUGCGAAUGGAACAUGGGCGGACGGAGGGAGGAGUGUGGCGGUGAUGUUUGAUGCCUUUAGCGGCCUUGACCCUAACCAUGAUGUUUACAAGGAUGUGGCGAUUCUCUCCAUUCACACUGACUUUAACGUGACUCGGCGACUGGCUUUUUCGUCUCAAAAGAAAUACACUUCAUCCUCGUUGUACAGCAUGAGGGUGGACUAUACGGCUGCCACUAAGACACUGGAGGCAGCGACUUAUAAAGGGGCUAUGAGGAUGGGGAGUGUGAAGCUGACUCUUGACCUGUGCUCUGUGUUCUAUGAUGGCAAUAGCAGCACUGAGGGAGUGAUUCCGGUGUUUGCUGGGUUCAGCAGUGCCAACACGUGGGCAUGUGUUCAGUCCAUCAAAGCGUGGACCUUCCGAUUCACAGACGUCAACCCAUGCACGGCAUGGGACGUGAAUCCAUGCGGUGCUGGCAGGUGCACUGCGGUGCGGUCAGCAGCCACAGGCACAUACACCAGCACGUGCUCGUGCCCUCUCAGCCAGCCCAGCUACAAGCUCCCCCAAAUACCCGCCUUCCAAACGUGCCACAAUGAGUUCCCCGCAUGUCGUCUGAACAGCACUGACACGUGUGCGCCUGGCGUGUGCCUCGAGGGCUAUGAUGCCUCCUCCUUCUGCCUCUGCCCGCCCUCCUUCUUCCCCCUCAACUACUCUAACCCCCUCAAGCAGCCCUGUAACCAAGUGAGUGAGUCCGCCACUCGAGUGCCAUCCUUCCCAGCACCUCCUGGCCUCACAUGCCCUCUGCUGCUCGACAUCUUUGACCUCUCACCUCAAGAGCUGCUGGAGAGCAACAAGGACAUGGCGUGUGACAAGCCCAUACCUCGUGGCUUGAUAGUCAACGUGUCGGCAUCUGCCAACAAGACCUGCACUAGCAUGUAUACCACCAACCAGGGUGACACGUGUGCUUCAGUCAACAGCAUCCUUGAGACCAACAUAACAGAUCUAAACCGUAACAUUGACUGCUCACAACCUCUCGUUCCUGGAAAGCGCAUAUGUGUGCGGAACAACCCUGAUGUCCGCACGCCCCAGGUGGCGGCCUGCAUGAUUCACCUCGGGCUCAAUCCGGAGAUGCACACGUGCCAGCGCCUCUCCACACUCGGCUACGGGUUUAACCAAAUGAGCUACUCAAAGAUUUUCCUCGCCAACCCCGCUCUCUACUGCGACCAACUGCUGCCCGGUGCAGCUGGGUGGGACGACUCAGUUCUCGACUCG